CCCCUUCGAAACCCUAAAUGCACUGUGAGCUUUACGGCGCACGAGGUAGGCAGUGUACCCAGGGCUUACAACAUCUACUCCACAGAUCCUGAGUCACGGAAGCGAGGAAUUGAGAAUAUCAAUUUAUUUUUGUUUAUGUCUGAGUUGUUAGGUUGAAGUAAUCGGAUUUGGUGUUCAAGUUGGUGCGCAACUUUCCCUCUUCACUCAGCUAUGUUAAAUCGAAGUGGUGGAAGAGACCGGUUUAGAAGGGAUUACCCUUCAAGAUUUGAAGAUAAAGGCAGCAGCGGGCGCAGCACCAGCAGCAACCCCCCUUCCAGGCACCUUUGGGUUGGGAAUCUGUCGCACAGUAUAACAGAGAAUGACCUUGCUCGUCAUUUUCUGCAGUUUGGACCACUUGAAAGCGUUGCAUUCCAGCCUGGUCGUAGCUAUGCUUUUAUCAAUUUCAGAAGGGAUGAAGAUGCUAUUGAUGCUUUGAAUGAACUUCAAGGUUUUCCUGUUGCAGGCAACCCGCUUAGAGUCGAGUUUGCGAAGGCGGAUAAGCCACCGUCACUAACACGUGAUGAUGAUUACUCUUGGGAUGAACGAAGCUCAGGGAGAAGAGGAUCUCCUUUCUCUUCUAGAGAGUUUAGAGGACGCCGUGGUAGUCCUGAGCCUCCUUAUCCUGACAAAUCCAAGCUGACUGAUAAAAACCCAGAACCCAGUGAGGUUUUGUGGAUAGGGUUUCCAUCUCAGUUAAAUGUGGAUGAUUUAGCUUUGAGAAAGGCUUUUUCUCCAUUUGGUGAGAUCGAGAAGAUAACAACAUUUCCAGGUCGUAGUUAUGCUUUUGUUCGUUUUAGGAGUGUAACUUCAGCACGCAGAGCAAGAGAUACUCUGCAGGGAAAGUUAUUUGGAAAUCCACGUGUACAUAUUUGUUUUGCUAAGAGUGAAGCUGGUUCAUCAAGCAGUGGGAGGUUUUCAAUGAACACCCCUUCAUCCCCAUUUUACACAUCAAGUGGCCGUCAUGGAUCGACUGAGAACUUGAGACAAGAUAGGAGUGUUGCAGGCUUCAGUGGAGACCGUGGUGCUAGUUCCCCUAUUAUAUUCCCAAAAUGGGACUUGGCAGAUCCUGAUACUUAUGAUUCAGAUAGAAGGGGUUCUUCACGGGCUAGUGGAUUCAGUUCAUAUGAACAAAGGAGAGUUGGUGAAAAGGUGCCACCACUUGGAAUACUACAGGACAGUCUUGAGCACUCAGUAAGUCCUUCUAGAGAUAGGCAAGCUCAUCUAGGUGCUUUUCCUCAGAGAUAUCCUCAAAAGCAUGCAUUGUUUGAAGAUCCACGGGACUAUCCAGAUGAUAUGUAUUAUCAACAUGACACCAAAAAACUGAAGACUGGAUCUCUUCCUCCUGAAAAGGAGCUUCCAGAAUAUCCUCUUUCUGAUUUAGAAAGGCAGAGACACACUUUCCUAAGGUUAAUAACUGAUUUGCCCCAACAUGAGAUCCUCGAUAAAAGAAUUGACGCUGGACCUGUUGUGCAUAGACAAACUUUUGAUCCCAGACCAAAUUCCCCUUUUGCUCAGUCAGACAGGGAUGAGCAUUGGAAGCCUAGUGAUAGUUUCCACGUGGGUCCCAGUGCUCUGCAAUCAUAUUCUACUGAGAAGAGAAGACUCACACCUGAACCUGGUAACUCAUCUUUAACUGAGUGGAAAUGGGAAGGAACCAUUGCCAAAGGCGGAACACAUGUUUGUCGUGCUCGCUGCUUCCCUGUGGGGAAAGUCCUGGAUAUCAUGUUGUAAGUAGAAUGUGUCAUCACAUCAAUAACUGAUCUCUUGCUGUUUUGUUAUGAAUGCCAUUGAUUGUAUGCCAUUUCGCAUCACAAUAUAGGCCAAUGAAAUUGCUAUUAAAAUGUACGUUCUAGGUUAGGAUCUUUUUUGGCAACUGUAAAAUUUAAAUGAUUAAGGUCUUCUUUUGUUGUUUUCCCCCACUAAUGAAAAUUCACCAACACUUCUAGGCAAUGGAACUUCUUUAAAAAGGAAGGCAUUGCAAGUUUUCUGUGGAUUGAUAAUUUCUACUAAAAUAAGGUUUGCAG